AUGAGUGUCGUCGGCAUAGAUUUGGGUGCGCAAAGCACCAAGAUUGGUGUUGCCCGCAACAAGGGCAUUGACAUUAUCGCCAAUGAAGUUUCCAACCGUCAGACCCCUUCCGUCGUCGGAUUCACACCUCGCAGCAGACAACUCGGUGAGGCUGCCAAGGGCGCUGAGAUCUCAAAUUUGAAGAACACCGUCGGCUCCCUGAAGCGCCUGAUCGGUCGUUCUUUCGAUGACCCCGAUGUCGCUAUCGAGCAGGAAUACAACACUUGCACUCUUGUCGAUGUCAACGGCCAGGCCGGUGUCGAGGUGAACUACCUCGGCAAGAAGGAGAGGUUCACAGCAACCCAGUUGGUCGCUUCCUACCUGAGCAAGAUCAAGGAUAUCACCUCUAAGGAGUUGCGCCUUCCCGUCUCCGAUGUCACCGUCAGUGUCCCCGCUUGGUUUACCGAUGUCCAGCGCCGUGCUAUGAUUGACGCCGGUGACAUUGCUGGUCUGAACAUCCUCCGUCUCAUCAACGACACCACUGCCACCGCCCUCGGUUACGGUAUCACCAAGCUGGACCUCCCCGGCCCCGAGGAGAAGCCCCGCCGCGUGAUGUUCGUCGAUAUCGGUUACUCCGAUUACACAGCCUCCAUCGUCGAGUUCCGCAAGGGUGAACUCAACGUCAAGGCCACCGCUUACGACCGUCACUUCGGUGGUCGUAACUUCGACAAGGCUUUGACCGAGCACCUCGCCGUCGAAUUCAAGGAGAAGUUCAAGGUCGAUAUCCACACCAACGGCAAGGCCUGGACCCGUACCCUCGUCGCUGCCGAGAAGCUCAAGAAGGUCCUGUCCGCCAAUGCCCAAGCCCCCUUGAGCGUAGAGUCCCUCAUGGAGGAUACCGAUGUCCGCGCCAUGUUGAAGCGUGAGGAGCUCGAGCUUCUGGUCAAGCCCCUCCUUGACCGACUCACCGCCCCUCUCGAGCAGGCCCUUUCCGAGGCCAAGCUCAACGUUGAGGAUAUCGACUUCAUUGAGAUGGUCGGUGGCUGCACUCGUGUCCCCGCCAUCAAGGAGACCAUCAGCAAGUUCUUCAACAAGCCCUUGUCCUUCACUUUGAACCAGGACGAGGCUAUUGCCCGCGGCUGUGCCUUCAGCUGUGCCAUUCUCUCCCCCGUUUUCCGUGUCCGUGACUUCGCCGUCCACGACAUUGUCAACUACCCCAUCGACUUCACCUGGGAGCAGUCGCCCGAGAUCCCCGAUGAGGAUACCAGCCUCACUGUCUUCAGCCGUGGCAAUGUUAUGCCUUCCACCAAAAUCCUCACAUUCUACCGCAAGGAGCCGUUCGAUCUUGAGGCUCGCUACUCUAACCCCGAGGCUAUGCCCGGCAAGGUCAACCCUUGGAUUGGCCGCUUCUCCGUUAAGGGCGUUCAGCCUGAUGCCAAGAACGAUUUCAUGAUCUGCAAGCUCAAGGCCCGUCUGAACCUGCACGGAAUCCUCAACGUCGAGUCUGGAUACUACGUCGAGGACAUGGAGGUCGAGGAGCCCAUCGAGGAGGAGAAGAAGGAGGGCGAUAUGGACACCGACUCCAAGGAAGAGCAGCCCAAGAAGACCCGCAAGGUCAAGAAGCAGGUCCGCAAGGGUGAUCUCCCCAUUUCCUCUGCCACCGGCGGCUUCGACCAGGCCACCAAGGAGGCCUGGACCGAGCGUGAGAACGCCAUGUACAUGGAGGACAAGCUCGUCGCCGAGACCGACGAGAAGAAGAACGAGCUCGAGGCUUCCAUCUACGAGCUCCGUGACAAGAUCGACGGUGUCUACGCCGAGUUUGCCAGCGAGGAAGAGAAGGAGAAGCUCAAGGCCAAGCUCAUGUCCACCGAGGACUGGCUCUACGAGGAGGGUGAGGACACCACCAAGUCCGUCUACGUUGCCAAGAUGGACGACAUUCGCUUCAUCGCCGGCCCUAUCAUUCAGCGCUACAAGGAGAAGGUCGAGGCUGAGCGUGAGGCUGUCCGCAAGGCCGAAGAGGAGGCCGCCGCCAAGAAGCGCGCCGAGCUCGAGGCUAAGAAGGCCGAGGAGGAAGCUAUCAAGAAGGCUGAGGAGGAGGCCAAGAAGGCUUCCGAGACCGACGCCGAGAUGAAGGACGCUCCCGCCGAGGGCGAGACCGAGGAGAAGCAGUAA